CCCUGGUCCCCGCGCUGCCGGGCGGGCAGAGCCGCCCCGCCGAGAAUUAAGAAGUUUCUCUGAAGUCCGGUUCACCUCCAAGCAUUUAAAGGUUUUGAGGCUGCGUUGAACCGUGCACCCCCUGCACGACUGGACCAGAAAAAUACAGGUGAGCAGAGCCUGAAGGCUUUCUUCAAGACCUAAGGCUGAGGUGACUCUGAUCCUGCUCUGGGUACCUGAUACUGUGAACAAGGACACUGAACCCAAAGAUCCAUUUCCCAUUCCAAGAAAGAUUAUGGCUGAACCAGACUACAUAGAUGAUGACAAUCCUGAAUUAAUUAGACCUCAGAAAUUAAUUAAUCCUGUGAAGUCAUCCCGGAAUCAUCAAGAUCUCCAUAGAGAGCUGCUUAUGAAUCAGAAAAGGGGUCUUGCACCUCAGAACAAACCAGAGCUACAGAAGGUGAUGGAGAAAAGGAAACGAGAUCAAGUUAUUAAACAACAAAAAGAAGAGGAGGCACAAAAGAAGAAGUCAGACCUGGAAAUAGAGCUACUGAAACGGCAGCAGAAACUGGAGCAGCUGGAACUGGAGAAGCAGAAGAUACAGGAAGAGCAGGAAAAUGCGCCUGAAUUUGUCAAAGUCAAGGGCAACUUGAGGAGGACGGUCCAGGAAGCAACAGAAGCACCAGACUCCUAGAGCCAGCGCCUGCUUAGACUUCCAGCUUUCCUGCAGAGAGAGGCUUUUGCAAGUUGUCUCACAUUUGCCCCUCAGGAGGGAAAAUAACAGCUGACACUUACUGAAGAUGAGAUUUUUAAUUCCUGGGACGUGUGGAUUAAAAAGACAGUAUUGUAAGCAGAUCGACUUGCCAAAUACAGUCCUGAGAUCGAUGGAUAAGGAGUGUCUUUGUCAGUUCAGUGUCAUGGACCAGGCUGACGUGCUUUCUCAGAGAUUUUAACCAGGGAUACUAGAGAAACUCCUUCAGUGUUGCACUGCUUUAACUCUUGUGAUCCUCGUUUAGUGGAGAUACACAGAUUAUAUUUUGCUUUAAAACAGAACAAAAAUCCUCCUGUGAUAUCAAGCUUUGCCGUGCAGGUAGAUUUCCUCCAUCUAGACCUACAGCUUGUAUAUAUCCCACAACAAUUUGUGUUUAGUUGGAAUUUUUACUAAAUCUAGGAGGAUAUGAGGUAUGCUGAUUACUGCUGCCCAUCCCCAAUAGGAUAGGUAGGUGUGGACAAGAUGAGAAUGCUUAAAAUUCACCAGCAGUGGAAAGUUAAGCAGCCUUAAAGCCCAUUUCUUGCUGUUUGACAUGUAGAAUUUGGGCUAUGAAAGAGCAAAAAUCUGAUGAUCCUCUCACAGGAAGACUCCAGAGGCUGAUUUAUCUCUGUCUGUAACCGUACACUGUUGUGUACAGGCCUGUGAAGUGCUACCUGUGAAUUUACCUCUCAAAGCAAAAUGAUCUGUCUUCUACUUUCCAUAUUUUGAAAUCCUGCUUACUUUGGUGUUGUGGCCUUUCUCCUCCAAGGAUAUGCUGAACAGAGUGCAGUGUUAACACAUCACUUGGUAGGGUUUGAACUCAUUUGCUGGAACUGAUCUGGCAUCAGUUCCUACUCUUUGCUUGCAGACGCUUGUUGCAGUUUCAGCAGUAGAGCAGUGUUUAAACCAGGCCAAACCAGUUACUAGAAUCUACUGAAAUGGAUUUUUUUCCCUAAAAUGAGGCAUAAAAAGAAAUUAAUUUAAUCCCAUCCUUCAUUCAGCCUCAAGAAAGAAGGGAAGUGUGUUACCACUGAGACUUUGGGUCCAAUUCUGUCAUCUUCUGCCUUUUCACAGGUUGCCCCUGUGACUUGCCAUUACAUAAAAUAUUGCUCAGCUUGCACAGGGGUGACAGAAUUUAAUCCUUCAUGUUUAUGACUACUAGUUAUCCAGGAAAGCCUGGGAUGGGGAGUGGGGAACAGAUUGCUCAUGUAGGAUUAUAGAAUUGGAUUCUCACCUGGUCACAUUGGGUGCAGAUACAUCUUCAUAAUCUGGGGAGAAAUCCUCAUCUUCCUUGGUUGGAAUAGUCCUAGUUCUCACUGAAACUGUGCUCAUACAUACCUGCUGAGGGUCUAAUCCCUACCCUUUGCCUUAGGAUGCUAAACACAAUAAUUUCUACUUUGUAAUUACAUUGGACAUAACUGUUUGAGAGCAUUUUUUAUUAAUAUCAGCAGUAGCAUGCUUGUAUUGUAAAGGUGUGGUGGAGGGUUGUUGGUUUGGUUUUUAUAGUUCCUUUUGCCUUUCCUAUAAGUAUUGGACAUUUUAAAUACAAUUUCAGAUUAGCACUUGGGACAAAACACUCACAAUUAGAAAUGUUUCCCAGAUACAGACUUUAAUUUGUUAAGGCUUUUUUUGUGAGGACAUAAUCAGAUUGAGGGUAAAUGAAUUGUGAUAAGCAUAUUGCCAUUGAUUUAGACUUGCAGUGUGACUCACGUCUGAAAGAUUAAAUGUGAAGAUGGUCUAACAGACUGUUCACAUUACGGAUAUACAGGAAGACAAAGGCCAAAUGUAAGACUCUUCCAUGUAUUAUCUCAACAAAGGAACAACCUGAAUGCUGCAGGUUCUUCCCUCUCUCUUUCCCUUCUCCUGGCAGGAGAGAAUCUUCCCUGACAACACAUCAUUCCAACACUUGCACUGAUUUUGUUUCAUGUUGUUGAGGCAGCCCUAUGUCCGAGCCUUCCACGCCCUCUCAUGCUUCAUCUUAGCUGUUCCCAGCCUACCAAACAUUCUCCCUCUUGGUUUCAGCUCCACAUUAACCUUCUGCUCAGUAUGGAGAAGUCUAGAAGUGAGUGAGGAAACCUUCCUCUGGCUUGAGCAGACCAUUUUGUUUUAGCCAUUUCCUCUUGGUGAUCAUGGCAGUCCUACCACACAUGCACAGUGAAAUUAAAUCGGUGGCACUGGGAGUGGUGGGGGACAAAGACCUCCUUUGGCUUCAGUGGAUGGCUCUCAAGGCUAAAGGCA